GGCAGGAGAGCGCCAGAGGCUGCCGGACCUCUCUCCCCCUAGCUCUUCUUUUCUUGCAGAGACAUUAUUCUCUCAUCUCUAUCUCUCAGCACAGAGCUCUUAUUCAGCCACUAGCUCGGCCCUUCCUGCUUCAACUGUAAUCCUUGUUCUGCCCAGGGACACACUACUGACAGCAGAAACAAUGAAUUUCCUCCAACCAGGCAAUGUUGGUGGUUCUUGCAUUCCUCUGGGUGAGCGAAUCUAGUUGGAGGGUUCCAGAAGGGGAAGGCGCCUGGCUUUCAAUACAUUCUCCUGAAUCAUGCCUCGUUUCGGGUUCCCUAGACAAAUCUGGAUGUGUAAAAAGAACUCUUAACGGCGAUGCAGGUCUUCCACAGCUAAGGCUCGCCUCUGAACUUUGUCUCCUUGGAGCCACCUCACUGAUACAGCUUCGGAUGUGGAUGUGGAUUUGAACCAUGUCGCGGCCCCGGGGACUGCUAUGGCUCCCUUUGUUUUUCACCUCCGUCUGUGUCAUGUUAAACUCCAAUGUCAUCUUUUGGAUAACUGCUCUUGCCAUCAAGUUCACCCUCAUUGACAGCCAAGCACAGUAUCCAGUUGUCAACACAAAUUAUGGCAAAAUCAGGGGCCUGAAAACACCGUUACCCAGUGAGAUCUUGGGUCCAGUGGAGCAGUACUUAGGGGUCCCCUAUGCCUCACCCCCCACUGGGGAGAGGCGGUUUCAGCCCCCAGAAUCCCCAUCCUCCUGGACUGGCAUCCGAAAUGCUACUCAGUUUGCUGCUGUGUGCCCUCAGCACCUGGAUGAGAGAUUCUUAUUGCAUGACAUGCUGCCCAUCUGGUUUACCCUCAAUUUGGAUACUUUGAUGACCUAUGUUCAAGAUCAAAAUGAAGACUGCCUUUACUUAAACAUUUACGUGCCCACGGAAGAUGAUAUUCAUGAACAGAAUAGUAAGAAGCCAGUUAUGGUCUAUAUCCAUGGGGGAUCUUACAUGGAGGGCACUGGUAACAUGAUUGAUGGCAGCAUUUUGGCCAGCUAUGGGAACGUCAUCGUUAUCACCAUUAACUACCGUCUGGGAAUAUUAGGAUUUUUAAGUACUGGUGACCAGGCAGCAAAAGGCAACUAUGGGCUCCUGGAUCAGAUUCAAGCACUACGGUGGAUUGAGGAGAAUGUGGGAGCCUUUGGCGGGGACCCCAAGAGAGUGACCAUCUUUGGCUCGGGGGCUGGAGCCUCCUGUGUCAGCCUGUUGACACUGUCCCACUACUCAGAAGGUCUCUUCCAGAAGGCCAUCAUUCAGAGCGGUACCGCCCUGUCCAGCUGGGCAGUGAACUACCAGCCGGCCAAGUACACUCGGAUAUUGGCAGACAAGGUCGGCUGCAACAUGCUGGACACCACGGACGUGGUAGAAUGCCUGCGGAACAAGAACUACAAGGAGCUCAUCCAGCAGACCAUCACCCCAGCCACCUACCACAUAGCCUUCGGGCCCGUGAUUGACGGCGACGUCAUCCCAGACGACCCUCAGAUCCUGAUGGAGCAAGGCGAGUUCCUCAACUACGACAUCAUGCUGGGCGUCAACCAAGGGGAAGGCUUGAAGUUCGUGGACGGCAUCGUGGAUAACGAGGACGGUGUGACGCCCAAUGACUUUGACUUCUCCGUGUCCAACUUCGUGGACAACCUUUACGGCUAUCCUGAAGGGAAAGACACUUUGCGCGAGACUAUCAAGUUCAUGUACACAGACUGGGCCGAUAAGGAAAACCCGGAGACGCGGCGGAAAACGCUGGUGGCUCUCUUCACUGACCACCAGUGGGUGGCCCCCGCCGUGGCCACCGCCGACCUGCACGCGCAGUACGGCUCCCCCACCUACUUCUAUGCCUUCUAUCAUCACUGCCAAAGCGAAAUGAAGCCCAGCUGGGCGGAUUCGGCCCAUGGCGAUGAGGUCCCCUACGUCUUCGGCAUCCCCAUGGUCGGUCCCACCGAGCUCUUCAGUUGUAAUUUCUCCAAGAACGACGUCAUGCUCAGCGCCGUGGUCAUGACCUACUGGACGAACUUCGCCAAAACUGGUGAUCCAAAUCAACCAGUUCCUCAGGAUACCAAGUUCAUUCACACAAAACCCAACCGCUUUGAAGAAGUGGCCUGGUCCAAGUAUAAUCCCAAAGACCAGCUCUACCUGCAUAUAGGCUUGAAACCCAGAGUGAGAGAUCACUACCGGGCAACGAAAGUGGCUUUCUGGUUGGAACUCGUUCCUCAUUUGCACAACUUGAACGAGAUAUUCCAGUAUGUUUCAACAACCACAAAGGUUCCUCCUCCAGACAUGACAUCAUUUCCCUAUGGUACCCGCCGAUCUCCUGCCAAGAUAUGGCCAACGACCAAACGCCCAGCAAUCACUCCUGCCAACAAUCCCAAACACUCUAAGGACCCUCACAAAACGGGGCCCGAGGACACAACUGUCCUCAUUGAAACCAAACGGGAUUAUUCCACUGAAUUAAGUGUCACCAUUGCCGUCGGGGCAUCGCUCCUCUUCCUCAACAUUUUAGCCUUUGCGGCUCUGUACUACAAAAAGGACAAGAGGCGCCAUGAGACUCACAGGCGCCCGAGUCCCCAGAGAAACACCACAAAUGAUAUCGCUCACAUCCAGAACGAAGAGAUCAUGUCUUUGCAGAUGAAGCAGCUGGAGCACGAUCACGAGUGUGAGUCGCUGCAGGCACACGACACGCUGAGGCUCACCUGCCCACCAGACUACACCCUCACGCUGCGCCGGUCGCCGGAUGAUAUCCCACUUAUGACGCCAAACACCAUCACCAUGAUUCCAAACACACUGACGGGGAUGCAGCCUUUGCACACUUUUAACACCUUCAGUGGAGGACAAAACAGUACAAAUUUACCCCACGGACAUUCCACCACUAGAGUAUAGCUUGGCCGUAUUUCCCCUCCUAUCCCUCUGCACCACCUGCUCAGCAACAUAGAAGAGACAAAGAGAAUCUCCAAACCAGGAAUGUUUUUUUGCCACUGAGUUUAGACAAAAAUGCAAAAGGGCAGUAAUCCCAUCCCAGCAGACACUUCUCAUUGGCAUUUUCCAGUAUUGUGAGAUCAAUUUCUGACCAUAUGAAAUGUGAAUAGUAUCUGUUUCUGUUACAAUACUGCUUUAAGAUCUCUACCAUGCCAACAAAUAUUUUGUGUGACUAGGACAUCACCAUUUCAAGGACCUAUGUGUUUCCAACAUCAUGGUAGCAGCUCUCACUUCCAAAACUCAGCCAGGGACAGUUAAUAUUUUUUAAUUACAAUGGAAAUUUAAACAUUUCUAUCUGGGCUACAAAAUGAAUGGUUCUUUUUCAGUGUAGAAAGAAUCUUUGGGCUUUUACUCAGCACGUAGAGCUGUAAUCCAGAGACAAGGAAAUGUAGAAUUUUAUUAUCAAAAUAAAAGAAUUGACUGCACAGCAAAAUCCGUAGGGUUCUGUGGAAGGAGGUGUUUUGCCAGCCUGAACUAUAUUUAAGAAACUUUGUAAAAAAUAAAGAUGUAUAUAGCUGUUGAGUUCAAACAAAAACGGCAGACAAACAAAAAAGAGAAAGGUUUUUAUUUGUGUUUUCAGUUUGAAAGAACUUUUAGCAAGGUUAUGCUUUUACACACAUAUUAGUUAUACCACCUCUCUUCCUCCACAACAAAAGAGACUUUUCUUUUUAAUUACAUGUAAACAAAGGCAUGAGAUUUUCUGACAUGAGAUUUUCAUUUGUAGGAAUAUGUGAGGUCAAACAGAAGACUCAGAAGUUUUGUAUGGUCCAUUUCUGCCUGUCAGGUUGCACAGAUGCAUAUAGAGCAUUCUUAGGAGACCAUUGUUUUGGAGAAAUUUGAUUUGUAUUUGCUAGUUUUCAUGAAAUUGCAGCACAGACAUAGGUCCUAAAAGUGGAAUGUAUUUAAAAGUUGUUGAGUUACACACACACAUACACACACACAGAGAGAGAGAGAGAGAGAAUGAGCAGAGAAAAAAAAAAUACAAAUACUGUUUUGUAGCUCUUGCCCUUUGAAUACAUUUGGGAAGAGUUACUUCCUAUUUCAGGACCCUGCCAAAAAAGAAGAAAGCUUGCCUUUGGUGGGACUAUGCCCCUUGGAGUAAAUACUCCUCUAUGUUCCCUAGCAGCUGCUGGAGGAUUUGGCUGAUGAAGUACCUGCUCAGCUUAGCUAAUCAGAUUGAAGGAAGAUAUGUGUGUUUUCUGUUUAAGCACCCAGUCCCUUAUUUAUCAGUAAGUAGAUUUUUAAAAAAUCUUUUAUAUCAUUUAUGAGAUAAAACAUAUGCUUGUCUGAAAAUAUCACUUUUUGUGGAUUUAUCUGAUCACCAAACAAUGAAUAUUAUAGAAGAAUGGGGGGAAAAGGAUAGAACAUUAAAACUGCUUUGCAUAGGUUUUUUUUGGGGGGGGGAGGAGGAAAUUAGGAUAUCUUCACUGACAAGAUACUGAAGGGAAUUUAUUCACCCAUUUUAAAUUGGUUACCUGGGGAUCAGAUAUUUGUCUCUCCAACUGCUUGUCAUUUUCUCAUUUCUCAUUUUCAGGAAUGUUUGGAUUGUUACAAGGCAGAAGGAAACACAGAAGCAAUGGUUGUUCUAUAUUUUGUCUUUCAAAGAUUACUGCAUUACUAAGAAACAGUAGCCAAAGAUAUUUGAAGAUCAUGUCCCUUGGCUCCAUUGUGGAUUACUCUAGAAAUCCAAUGUUAAAUGCCUCUACUAAAGUGGGUAUUCCCCAUAAAAUUUGUCCAGCUACCUGACUCUUUUGCAAUAACAACUUUGAUUACUGAAUCCCUACACUCAAACCAUAGUGAUAUAUCAGUGUUUGAGAGUCACCUCUAGAAAACAGAAAAAUUUAAGAUAUACAUAAAAUCACCCCCAAAACUUGUUGCUUAUCUUGGGUUAAAUUUGAAAGUGAUUCUCUUUAUAUAAAUACAUGAAAUAUUAUGAUCUGCACUUAGCACACUUGAAGCAACAUUUCUUUCCUACACAGAGGUGACAUGGUAAGAUUUCAUUCCCAAUUCAUUGUUUCAUAGAGCUAUGAUUAGGCCAUUUCUGCACGCAAUGUAUGACCCCACCUGAGCAACCACAAACAGGCUCUCCAUGAAACUACAAAGGAAGUGAUGUGUGGCACCAUGCUGGUUUUGUCUGUCUGUAAUAUGAAUUCCAGUAUUUGUUUUAUAUUUUCAAUUGUCUCCUACUAGCAAUAUGUACAAUAAACAUGACAGUCUUGUGACGUCUUACGGAAAAGAAGAGUUCCUGUUAAAUAAAUAACUUUAGCUUUUACAGGAGAUUAUGAUCAAAAGUGAUUUAGUACAUCUUACAAGAUAUCUCAUUUCUACAUGAAAAGAAGUUAUAGAAUCCUCAUAGACUUCUAUGAGAAAAAUAUAGUUGCUAUUUAUAAAAAAAAAGAGAAAAAAGAAAAAAAUGAGAAAAAGUAAGAAAAAAAUCCUUUCCUAGGCUUUUCCAUGAUCUUCAAAGGGACAUAAGUUUCAAUGGUUCCUUGUGCUAUCAUUUUGAGAUUUUAUUCCUUGUUUUGCCUUAAGUAAUGAUAGAAGAUAUAUAUUGCCAGACACACAUGUAUAAACUUUUCAGCGCAUUUUAAUAAUAAAAUAUCACAAUAUUUUAUAAUGCUUUGUGCAAACAAUUACGCAUCUGUUCUUUCUUGGUAGGUGGCAUAUUUUAUUUACUUUUGUUGUUCUUUGAGUGCCUUUUUCUUUGUAAAUGCUAACUGAUAGCUCUCACAUAUGCUACAAAUGGAUAAAUACAUUUGAUAAUGGGAUGAUUGUUUUAGCUUUGGCCAGCUGCACAGUUGAGGAGGCUCUCUGCAGGCCUGAUUUUGGAAAACUAAGCCCUGUUUGGUAAAGCUCCUGAGAUGACACUGCCUGAAA